CCAUAGAAAAAUUGUUUAUCGUUAUCAAAAGUGUUACAAAGUGCUUAACUACUUACAACAAUGAAGUUCACAUUAUUAGUGGCUGUAUUUUUAUUUGUGGCUAUUGCCCAUAGUGUUUAUGGUGCCCCAGAACCAGCAAAUUCUAAAUAUACAACCAAAUAUGAUAAUAUCAAUUUGGAUGAAAUUUUAAAUAGUUCACGGUUAUUGGAUAAUUAUUGCAAAUGUCUUUUGGAUUUGGGAAGAUGUACACCAGAGGGUAAAGAAUUAAAAAAAAAUCUAAUUGACGCGUUACAAACUGGCUGUUCCAAAUGUUCAGAAAAACAAAGGAAAGAAACACCAAGAGUAUUGAAACAUUUGAGAGAACAUAAAAAUGCUGAUUGUUUCAAACCAUUAACAGCAAAAUAUGAUCCAAAAGAUGAAUAUAAAAAUAAAUUCGAAAAAGAACUUGAAAAGAAUCUAUAAUUUUAUUUUUUGACA